AUACAUGAUAUGAUGACACCAGAAGAAGUAAACAAAAUAUUUCCAGUCAAAAACUCUACUGAAAUACCAACUUACGACAUUGUGCCGGUUUUGAUAACGAAACCUGAAAACAAAAGCAUAAAUAGCUAUCUUUUUCAAACUCCUUUUGGAAAACAUAAACACAUGUGGUUAAAUCCUUUGGACGGAAUUUUGGCUAGUGAAAACAUAACCAUUUCUUCAUUAAAGUAUAAUUCUAGUACCGAUGGAUUAAAUAUUACGGAUUGGCCAAAUCUGGUCGAAAGUAUUAUACCGAAUAUUUACGAAAACACUUUACACGCUACAACAGUUGCUGUUAAUAGUGAUGCAAACGGAUUGUUAUCAAUGACGGGUUACAUCGGUAAUAAAUUCAUUCACCCUGUACCACCUCGGCUGAUAAGACACGCAAGACGAAGAAGAUCAAUUAAUUUCAAAACCGAUUCCGACGAUCAAGUUGAUCAUAUCAUUUACACUAUUCCAGAUCAAUUGAACAAACACUUACCACCCAUAGAAGCGUUCACAUUAAAAAGGUAUAGAUCGAAAAGAUCUAUUCCUGAAAUAAUAUAUCCCGAAAUUUUGGUUAUUGUUGAUCAUGGAUUGAAUGAAAGAAUUGGUGGAUCCAUACGAGAUAAACUUCUUUAUCUUCUAGCCUUUUGGAACGGGGUUGAUAUGAGAUACAGAAGUUUGGAGAAUCCUAGAAUUAGGUUGAACAUCGCUCGGAUUCUUUUAGCAGAGGAUCGUCUACCCUACGUAACUGUCAAUCUCAAAAGCAACUACUUUUUGAUGAACCACGUUACUUCUCUACGGGCUCAAGGAAAUUGGUUAUUUAAGAUGAACGAAACUAUUCCACUUGAUUCUUAUGAUUUAGCAGUGACUAUGAUACCAAAUCUAUUUUGUGAAGAUAAAAUCGGACCGAACUGUACAAUCGUGGGACAAGCAUUUCUCCACGGAGCUUGCAAAACAUUAUUUCUCAAUAAAACCACGAACAAAGCAAGUUUCAUACGAGAUGUCGGAGGAUUUGACGGAAUCCAAACAGCUGCUCACGAAUUGGGCCAUUUGUUUGGUAUGUUUCACGACGGUUUAUAUGGCUGUAAUGAUUCGCAUGGUUACAUAAUGGCUCCGUCGGACAAAUUUACUCCUCAAUCAUUUGAUUGGUCUAACUGUUCGCUGAAUCAAAUGGACAAAUAUUUAAAAGACGGAUUGGGGUCUUGUUUGUUUAACCCUCCUCUUUACCAAAGUAAACCAUUCCUUAGAUAUUUGCCGGGAAAACUAAUGAAUGCUACUCAGCAGUGCAGCAUGUUCGUAAAUGGAUCUGCGACUGUUGAAGAUGAUACAAUUUGCACUCAAUUAAAGUGCUCGAAAAAGGGAAAAAUUCGACUACCUGAAGCUGCUGAAGGCACUCCUUGCGGUAUUGGAAAAUUAUGUCUGCAUGGACUUUGUACUGAAGAAAGUUCCAUAGUAUAGAUAUUCAUUAAAUGUGCACAUAGAUUUUACUCAAAAUUAUACCAUCUUCAGAUUAACUUUGUGUAAUUUUUU